GUUUGCAACGCUCAAAGCAUAAACAAUAAAGAAAAGAUGAAAAUUUAACUAAAAAUGAAGUCAAAUGUUCUUUUUUAUUCAUCUUGCAACGAAAAAAAAAUUUCAAACAUAAUCAAUGGCAACGAAAAUUUUAUUUUCUCGUAAGAAGCCUCUAAAAAACGACGAAGAAACUCUUGCGAAGUACUCCAAUGACUUGGUAGAAGAUGGAACAACAAAAAUUUCUGGAGCUGCACCGUCCAGGCAGGCACCAAAGAUCGCAUAUACGCUUCCACCGCUAUUGCUCAAACAAAACGAACCGGCAACAAUUCCCAUCAAAAUAACCGGGUACCCCAGUCCGGAGAUCAGCUGGUACGUCGGUGAUGUGCCUAUCGUCAGGGAGAAUUCUGACAAUGGCGGAAGGUUUCGAGUGUCUACAGGAGUUGGCAGAAAGUCGCGAUUGGAUGAGACCUUGUCCGUCCUCGAGAUUUCAUUGGUCGACGAAAGUUUGGAAGGCCGGGUUAAAAUUGUGGCAACCAAUGAGAUGGGAGUAGAUGAAUUUGUUGUUCCUGUCAAAACAUACAAAUUGCUCAUGAAAAAGACACCGACCAGUCUGCAACGGUGCAAAUCAGCUGUCAACUAUAGGCCAGAUUUUUGCAGAGUAAACAACAACAACAACAACAACAAUAAUAACAAUAAUAACAAUAAUAACAAUAACAAUAGUAACAAUAGUAAUAACAAUAUCAUUGUUAAUAAAGUGUCGAAAAGAAACGCAAUGAGAUCGAUUGACGACAUAUUCAACGAUAAGAUGAUAGCUGAAGAAGAAGAUGACGACGACGAUGAUGAUGAUAAUGAUGUCGCUAUCGUUGGUAAUGAUAAUGAUGUUAACGAAGUUGCUGCUAAUGGUGAUGAUGAUGAUGAUAAUACAGCCACUGAUAACGUUCAUGUUGUCGGCGAUGCUGAUGAUGUUGGUGGUGGCGGUGAUGGGUAUGGUGGUGAUGUUGCUAUUGCUGGUUAUGAUAAUGAUAACGGUGUCAGGGAAGUUCUAGAUGAUGAUGAUAAUGGUGAUAACAAUAAUGAAAAGAAUAGUAAAAGCAAAAACGAAACUCUUACAGCGGAAAAACCCAGUCUGUUAAUAACUGAUAUAAUCGAGAGUUAUUACCAUGACGACGACGGUGGUGGUAACAGUUGUGAUGAUGGCGAUGGUGAUAAUGAUUUCAAAGCCAAGUUCGGCCUCGGUGAUGAUUUCAAAGCCAAAUUUGGCCUCGUCGCCGAUGAUUUGUGGUUGCUGUGCGGUCUUAAGUUGAGUGUCUUGUGUGAAAGUUUGUUGAGAAAUGACGUUUUUGAAGUUCAACAACAUCAGCAACAACAUCAACAACAACAUCAUCAACAACAACAACAUCAGCAACAACAUCAACAACAACAUCAGCAACAACAUCAACAACAACAACAUCAACAACAACAUCAGCAACAACAAGAACAUCAACAACAUCAACAGCAAAUAUUGCAAAAAAUGAAACCUGAUAACAUACUAAGAAGAUAUUCAUUUCAUAAUAACCACACAAACGUCAUUCAAAAUACAACUACUGCUACUGCUACUACUACUACUACUACUACUACUACUACUUCUACUACUACUACUACUACUACUACUACUACUACUACUACUACUACUUUUACUAAUAACAAUAAUAAUGAUGUUGUUAUUAAAGAGAUUCAACAAUUACUUAGAGGGCAAAGAUAUGAAAAUCUUGAAAAUAAUUUUUCAACGAAUGAUGGAAACGUAGAAAGUAAAAUUUACGAAAAAAAUAUCAACAAAUUCAACCACAACAAUAUCAACAACAACAACAACAACAGCAACAACAGCAACUACAACGACAACAACAACAAUGAUGCAUUAAGAGAUAACGAUAUUGUUGCAGCUGUUGAUGUUGUUGAUCUGCUGCAAUAUACUACUAAGCAGUUAGAUCAGAUGACUCUUAGACUGAAGAAUGAUUUAAACAACAACAACAUAAAUAAUAGUAGUAGUAAUAAUAAUAAUAAUAUUAGUAAUACUACUACUACUACUGCUAUUACUACUAAUAAUAAAUUGAAGCCACCCAUUGUUGCUAAAAAGCCAUUGAUGGCAAAUAUUACUACUGUUACUACUGCUGCUACUAUUGCUGCUGCUGCUACUACUACUACUACUACUGGUAAUAAUAAUAAUAAUAAUAAUAAUAAUAAUUAUAUUGUUAAGCCUUUCAUACUUCCGAAACCGAAAGUCAAAAAGUUACAACAGUCAUCAUCAUUAUCAUCAUCACCAUCAUCAUCAUCAUUUCUACAGCAACAACAACAACAACAGCAACAGCAGCAGCAACAAUCAUUAUCGUCAACAGACAACAUUUAUGGUGAUAUAAUUUUAGCGAAAAUUUCCUCAGUAGUGACGUCAUCGUCGGCGUCAUCAUCCUCCUACAACAACAACAACAAUAAUAAUAAAAAUAAUAAUUAUAACCAUAACAAUAAUAAUUAUUAUAACCAUAAUAACAGUAAUAAUUUUUACGGUAGCUUGGAUGAAGUUGAAAGAUUGUACUACCUUCUUGAGCAUUCUCAACAAAAACAGAUUACCGAUGAUGAUGAUAAUGAUGGCGAUGACAAUAAUAAUAAUAAUAAUAAUGCUGAUGAUGAUGAUUAUGAUGAUGGUGAUGAUGAUGAUAGUGUCGGUAAGAAUAGGAAACAGCUGAUGAUAAACUUUAAGAUUUAUGAGCUCAAAAAGAAUGACAAUGAAGAAUGA